AUGCCAUCGAAGGUUACCGCUAGUAACGCUACAUUCAAUAAUAGGGAAAAGCCUCAAGAGGUUCGCAAGGCAAAUAUCAUUGCUGCGCGUGCUGUUGCAGAUGCAAUCCGUACUUCUCUGGGUCCAAAAGGAAUGGACAAGAUGAUCAAGACUUCUCGUGCAGAGAUUAUUAUAUCUAAUGAUGGUCAUACUAUAUUGCAGCAAAUGGCGAUCUUGCAUCCUGUUGCGAAAAUGUUGGUUGAAGUUUCAGGCGCUCAAGAUGCUGAGGCGGGUGAUGGUACUACUUCUGUUGUGAUAUUGACGGGUGCGUUGCUUGGAGCUGCUGAUAAAUUGUUGAACAAGGGCAUUCAUCCUACUAUAAUUGCAGAAUCGUUCCAGCGUGCUGCAAAGAGAUCUGUUGAGAUUUUACUAAAUAUGUCUCAUAAAAUUUCUCUUCAAGAUCGGGAUGCUUUAGUGCGUGCUGCUGCCACUUCAUUAAGCUCUAAGAUUGUUAGUCAAUAUUCUUCGAUCUUGGCUCCGCUAGCUGUUAAUUGUGUUUUGAAGAUUACUACUGAGGACUCCACGAAUGUUGAAUUAAACGACAUACGUUUGAUUAAGAAAGUUGGCGGUACCAUCGAUGAGACAGAGCUGGUUGAUGGUGUUGUACUAACCCAGUCAGUUGUAAAAAAUGCAGGCGGUCCAAUUCGGAUGGAUAAGGCUAGGAUUGCUUUGAUCCAGUUUCAGAUCUCUCCUCCAAAACCAGAUACAGAGAAUAACAUUGUGGUUAAUGAUUACAGACAAAUGGACAAGAUCUUGAAGGAGGAGCGUGCAUACUUGUUAAACAUCUGUAAGAAGAUCAAGAAGGCAAAAUGUAAUGUUCUAUUGAUUCAAAAGUCUAUUUUGCGAGAUGCUGUGAACGACCUAGCGCUACAUUUCUUAUCGAAACUGAACAUUCUUGUAAUUAAGGAUAUUGAGAGAGACGAGGUAGAGUUCUUGUCAAAAAGUUUAGGUUGCAGGCCUAUCUCUGAUAUUGAUUUGUUUACGGAAGAUCGUUUGGGUUCUGCAGAUUUAUUGGAGGAAAUUGACAGUGACGGUACCAAGAUAGUUAAGAUAACUGGUGUCAAGAGCCCUAAUACCAAACCUACUGUUUCCUGUAUUGUUCGCGGUGCUAACAAUGUUGUUCUUGACGAGACUGAACGUUCGCUACAUGAUGCACUAUGCGUUAUACGUUGUUUGGUUAAAGAAAGAGCGCUGAUUGCUGGCGGAGGUGCUCCUGAAAUUGAGGUGUCCCGUACUUUAAUGAAGGAAGCGCGUGCCUUGGAAGGUGUUGAGGCCUUUGUCUGGCAGGAAUUUGCAGAAGCAUUAGAAGUCAUUCCAAUUACCCUUGCCGAAAACGCAGGCUUGAAUAGUAUUAAGGUGAUUACUGAACUUCGUUCUAGACAUGAAAAAGGUGAAGCAAACGCUGGUAUUUCAGUGAGACGUUCUGGUACUACUAAUACAUAUGACGAACAUAUCUUACAGCCAGUUUUGGUCAGCACCAGCGCCAUCACUUUGGCAUCUGAAUGUGUUAAAUCAGUACUUCGUAUCGACGAUAUUACCUUCAGUCGCUAG